CCAGCCAAACAACGAGUCUGGGCACGUUAGCCCCAAACUAGUGAUAAAUUUGAUCAUCAGUUCACGAAACCCACCCGCUAGUCCGAUCUGAUAUCGCGCUACAUAUCAUAUUGGGUCACGCACAUAACAUGGCUUUCGCGGCGGGUCUUAUGGUCGGCGCGGGGCGUCGCAUUUUCGCGACCACGCUGUCAACGCUGCAGGCGCAAGCUUCGUCGGCAAGCCGGCCAUUGGCGUCGGAGAACAACGUCUUUAACGUUGUGCGGCGAGCAUUCUGCUACGAUAUCAACUCGCGCACGAAACCCCACCUGAACGUGGGCACCAUCGGGCACGUCGACCACGGAAAGACGACCCUGACCGCUGCCAUCACCAAGGUGCUGGCAGAGACGGGCGGCUCCACAAAGGUUGUGGCGUACGACCAGAUCGACAAGGCGCCCGAGGAGAAGGCGCGCGGCAUCACCAUCAACGCCACGCAUGUGGAGUACCAGACGGAGAAGCGGCACUACGCGCACGUGGACUGCCCCGGACACGCCGACUACGUAAAGAACAUGAUCACCGGCGCGGCGCAGAUGGAUGGCGCCAUCCUGGUGGUGAGCGCCGCCGACGGCCCCAUGCCGCAGACCCGCGAGCACAUCCUGCUGGCCAAGCAGGUGGGCGUGCCCCGCAUUGUGGUGUUCCUCAACAAGUGCGACGUGGUGGAGGACAAGGAGCUGCAGGAGCUGGUGGAGAUGGAGGUGCGCGAGCUGCUCAGCUUCUACAAGUUCCCCGGCGACGAGAUCCCCGUGGUGCGCGGCUCGGCUCUGGCCGCCAUCAAGGGCGAGAAGGACGACACCGUGGGCAAGGCCUCCAUCCUCAAGCUCAUGCAGGCCGUGGAUGACUACGUGCUGGUCCCGGAGCGCGCCACCGACAAGCCCUUCCAGAUGCCCAUCGAGGACGUCUUCUCCAUCGCCGGCCGCGGCACCGUGGUCACCGGCCGCAUCGAGCAGGGCAUCAUCAAGGCGGGCGAGGACAUUGAGAUUGUGGGUCUGAAGGACACCAUCAAGAGCACCGUGACGGGCGUGGAGAUGUUCAAGAAGAGCCUGGGCCAGGGCCAGGCGGGCGACAACGUGGGGCUGCUGGUGCGCGGCAUCAAGCGCGAGGACGUGUCGCGCGGCCAGGUCAUGGCCAAGCCCGGCAGCAUCAAGACAUACAAGCAAUUCGAGGCUGAGGUGUACGCGCUGACCAAGGAGGAGGGCGGCCGCCACACGCCCUUCACCACCAAGUACAAGCCGCAGUUCUUCAUCCGCACCGCCGACGUGGCCGGGCAAAUCACGCUGCCGGAGGGCACCACCAUGGUCAUGCCCGGCGACAACUUCCGCGCAACCAUCGACCUGUCCGCACCCGUGGCGCUGGAGGUCGGCCUCCGGUUCGCCAUCCGCGACUCCAGCAAGACCGUGGGCGCGGGCGUGGUGACAAAGUGUGUUGCGUGAAGCGUGUGAGCGUGUUGACGGGGGAGACGGAGGUCGACUGGCGCCGGCUAAUGGCCGGUGUGUGGCAACAUGUGGGGCAGGCGCUGCUGAAGAGCCUGGAAGAGGAGGGGGCGCGGGCCCUGAGCUCGCGUGUGCGGCAAGAGCUGAACUGGUGUGGCACAAGUGCACGACCAUGCAGCAAAAUUCUGGUGCCUGUUGCGCGUUUUGACCAGUGCGAGGAAAAGCGGGCUACAGCCCGAUUCUGGACUCGGCUUGCACGCGUUGCGGUCGGGCUUUGCUAGGCCACGUAAGGUCAUUGUGCUCAUGGUGCUUUUGUUGUUUGUAUGUACCAUUUGGGCGGGGCGAAUGUGGAGUUCUGGGGGUUUCUGACCUGGCUUCAAUUGCGCAAAAGUUCCAUCUUGGCUUCAUACUACGUGUCUUUCUGGCUUUAGAAUCUUCAUUCACUAUUGCCCUGUAGUACAUUUCC